AUCAUAUUUAUAUGUACAUAUAUCUGCAUCAGCACACCAAGGAGACAUCAGAGUGGAGAGAAAAAAAUCACCAGAUAGCAAAGAUGCAGUGGAGUCUGUUUCUGCUCAUUCUGAUGGGUCAGUGGUCCUUCUUCACUUGUCAACUCUAUGAGUAUCACUUUAUUGGAGAGAAUAAAACCUGGGAUGAAGCACAGAAGUACUGCAGAGAGAACUACACUGACCUGGCCACAGUGACUAACAUGACAGACGUGAGGAGACUCCUUGACGCUACAGGGCAACAAAGUGAAGCCUGGAUUGGGCUGUACAACCAAACAAAUGGCAACAAGAUGUGGCACUGGUCUCUGCCAGGAGUGGAGUUCAAUGAUAGUGAGACAGAUUGGGCUGAUGAUCUUCUUAAACAGCCGAAUGAUUGCAGAGGUGUUGAGAACUGUGUGUGCAUCGAUCCUCAGAAGAAAUGGCGAGAUGUCCUUUGUACUGAAAAUUAUAAAGUUAUCUGCUACGAUGAAACAAGUCAAUCCAAUAAAUUCAAACUGAUUAACAACAGCAUGACUUGGCCACAGGCUCAGAAGUACUGCAGAGAAAAUCACACUGACCUGGUCAGUGGACUCAGUCAAGCUAUGCUCAUUAGGAACAUUACUUCUGAAAAGAUUUGGAUCGGCCUGUUCAGAGACACCUGGAGGUGGUCAGAUGGGAGCAGUUCCUCCUUCAGAAGCUCCGAUCUGGAGUUAUUUAAAAAAGAAGGUGGCAACAAGAAAUGUGCCAUGACUGAGUUAAAUGGAUCUGGAAAAUGGGACUCUGAUGAUUGCAAUAAAACAAAACCCUUCUUCUGCUAUGAUGAUAAAGUGAUCCUUAUCAAAGAAAACAAAAACUGGACGGAUGCCUUAAAAUACUGCAGAGAGAAAUACAGAGACCUGGUCUCCAUCACUAACCCUCACCAGCAGAGAUGGGUCCAAGAGAGAGCCAAAUCAGCCUCAAGUGAUUUCGUCUGGCUGGGACUGCGCUACACCUGCACUCUGGAUUUGUGGUUCUGGGUCAGUGACGAGCUGGUCUGCUAUGAGAACUGGGCCCCAAAUGAAAACACUGAUGGGUGUGACCUGACUGCAGCCAUGGACAGCAAAAAAACACAUAACUGGCACAGGAAGCGUGAAAAUGAGCUGUUUCAUUUCAUCUGUGCUGUAUAGUAAGUUCUAAUCAUACACCCUAAGUCACUGGUGACAGACUUCAUAUUUUUAGACAACAUAUUAAACCAGCCUAUACAUACUAGUUUCAUAUACUUUUGAAUUUUUUGCAAACAGAUAAUUAACUUUUAUGAUGCUGAAUAAACUGUUAAAAAAUGGAGCUGUUCUCUGAAAUUUCUGUCCAACAUUUACAGAAGUGAUGCUUAAUUUGUGUGAAAAUGCGGACUACCAAUGAAAGGACUUAAAGGAAACCAUAACUUAAGUAAUAAUAAUAACAAUAAUAAUAAUAAUAAUAAUAAUACCUUUAUUUAUAUAGCAUUUAGUGAUUGUAAUACUAAGUACAUUACAAAAAGUGAUUUACAAAAACAACACAGGAUAAAAAAGGGCACGCAACACCACUGUAAAGAUAAAAUACAUGUGGACAAUGCAAGAUACAAAAUACAAAUUAAAAAAGAAAUGGAAAUCACAAGUAGGUAAAACAAAUUUAGUAUAAACAGGAGACUAAAUUAAAUAGUAAAUGCACCUGUACAAGAUUGCAAAAAUAUUGCAAAAGUAUUAUCAGCAAAAAGUACUUAUUAGUAAAAGUGCAUGUUCUGAUGAAAAUUAGCCCUGUGGGUGAUAUAUUAUUAUACAAUAUAGCUCCAAGGAGGGUUAAAAUCAAGGGACUGGAUUGCUCCGGUUGCCCUUGAUUUUUACCCUUCUUGGAUAACUAUGACCUGGAUGACUGAGAAUCUUCACUGACAUUAUUGUAUAUGACAUUAUUGGUUAUGUUAUUUGUUAAUUCUGAUGAAGCUGUGGAUACAUUAAGCAUCAUUUUAAUAUUCUGGCUACAGCAGAGGUGGAUAUAUUUUUAAACUAUUUUAUAGUAGUAUAUAUUUCAGUAAAGCCAAAAGGGCUUGGGUCCUCUGCCAAGUAAAAAGUUGCUCUUCAGACCCAACUAAACAGGGCUUUUCGGGGGACCUUACCUAUCCCGUCUUUCUUCCCCUCCACUCUCAGUUCCUACACACAGUGUAGUACAAUAAGAAAAUCUAAAUGUGAGAUAUGUAUCUCCUGUUAAUUACUUAAGUAUCUGUAUCUCUAUUCCCCUUUUUUGUUUGUCAUUGUUUCUCUGCCUUGUCAUUCUUCUUGUUAAUUACUUGUUUUGCACUAUUAAAAAACACACUCACAAAA